AACAAAACCCUAACCCCACUCUCUCUUCUUCAUCAAUCCUCUCACCGGCGAAAUUGAAGCAGUGGCGAGGAAAUCAACUAUUCUUCUCCAUUGUUCCGGCCAACUGUUCUUCAUCCUCUCACCAUUCUUUUUGUCUUGUUCAACCUCUCACGAACUGUUCUCCUCCGAAUCACUUCGGACGAAAUUAGUUUCCAAACCGGCAGCAUUUGUUCCCGGCCGGCAGCACUUUUAAUUGUCUCACUGUUCAUUCUCUGUGUACUGCAGUAGCGGUUAGGUUUCAUCAUCGUGAAAUCAUGACCAUUCAAAGUAAAUCUACAAAGAUCGAUGCUGAAAACUAUGUUCAAAUCAAACAAGAGGCUAAUGCAAAACAAACUCAUAAUGCUAAUUUCGGACCUUUUCAACCCAAAAAGUCCAUUACUACUCUAGUUACCAAGAAACAUGAUCCCAAAGCUUUACCUCUUGAUAAGAGGUUUAUGUCUCGAACCUUCAAGACCUCAACUAAUACUCCAGCACAAGAUCCUGCUACUAGCUUGGUACGUACAGUUACCAAGAAACAUGAUCCCAAAGAGCAAUAUGAGCCUUCAAAGAGCAAGGGUGUUGUUGAAGAGACAUGUAAGAGAAAUGAAGAUCCCAAAGAGCAAGAUGAGCCUUCAAAGGAAAUGGAGAUAAAACUUCCUGGGAGAAGAAAACAAGUGUGGAAGCCAGGGGGUAAUGUUCAUUGGAAAGAAAAUAUAGAUGCGGAUCCAGAUGAGAUUGUCCAAGUAGAAGAGAUAACAGAGAGUGAGCCUCCCAAAUUAGGAAUAGUGGAGGGGACUAUAGUUGCUAAGCAUGUUUGGUGCUUACCAUCAGGAAGAAGGAUCAUUGUUCAUUUUAAUGAAUAUGAUCAACCAAUUAGAUGGGGGGACUUGUACUUGUUCAUUUUCUGUCUGAAUUGUCAAAAGAUGGAACCUUUUGUCCACUUGGAGCACAAAAUUGGAAGCGUGUUGAUGAUCAUUACAAACAAAGGAUCAUUAAAACGGUUUGGGAUAAAUUUGUGUUACCUGAUACAAAAGAGUUUCGUCGAAUGAUAUUGUCUCAUAUAAAUAUGAAGUGGAAGCAUUACAAGUGGGAGCUUUAAAGGGACUAUUAUCAGCCUAAUGUGACAAAGGAGAAGAUAAUUGAGAAUAUGCCUAAAAAUGUGAUAAAAGAGCAGUGGAUUAGCUUGGUUUCUUACUGGACCUCUGAAAAGUUCAAGGUAUUUGUACAUAGUGUAUUAUAACAAAUUUAACAUAAAUUUAAGUUUUAUAUUCACCAAGUUACAACCUAAUAAUUUAUCAUUUACAAAAAUUAUCAACAUUGGGAAAAAGAGCUCGUGAAAUGCAUAAUCAUGUACAUACU